GCAGUUGAUCAUUUGUUGUGUGCAUACAUCAGCGUUACAAUCGUUACCAGCAUAAUAUGUGUAUUUUCCUGUUAAAUCUAAUAGCUUUUUUGUUUUUUGAACAGUAUUGUAGAUAUUGCAUACACAAAAUAAUGUAUCUCCUCCACAAAUGUCACCCAAGUCUUUAAUGAUUGAUCAAAAUGUCAACACGCUUCCAGUUUGCAGUCCAGGUCCAGGCGGCCCCUUUUAUUCAUGGCAAUUACUGGAUCUGCACAUGGUGUUUUUAUCGGAUGUUUCAGAUAUGAUCAGCUUUUUAUUUUGAAUUUUCAUUUAAAUAGCUGUCCAAACUUAAAGUUAAAAGCAUUUGAUCUACGUUGAAAACACAAUAUGAUCUUCACUACGACUGAGAAACUUCAUUUUGUUUAUUAUUUGUUCGUAGGUCUAUUGAGUCUACCACUACUUACAGAAUGUAGCAAAAUUAGGCUGGUUGGGCCUUCACGUUGCUCUGGUAGAGUGGAGGUCUAUCACCAAGACGGAUGGGGAUCGGUGUGUGACGAUCACUGGAGCAUUGCCAACGCAGAGGUGGUUUGCCGAGAGAUGAACUGCGGCACGGUUCUCGAGUCCAAAACAAGCGCCUUCUUUGGAGAGGGAGAUGGCAUGAUCUGGUUGGAUGAUGUGCAGUGUACUGGGACAGAGCAUUCUAUCCUCAAGUGCCCACACAGAAAUAUGGGGGAGAAUGAUUGUGGCCACGGUGAAGAUGCUGGGGUUAUCUGUUCAGACUACGUGAGGGUGGUCAACGGAAGCAAUCGGUGUAGUGGCAGAGUGGAAGUCCACGACAAUGGCAACUGGAAGAAACUGUGCAGCGACGACGGGAGCGGAAACAAUGCUGACGUGGUAUGCCGAGAGAUCAACUGCAGCCCUCCUGUCGCUCAGGCUAAAGUGCCAUACUUUGGAGAGGGACCUAAACUUGAUAGCGUCAAAUCCAACUGUUUUGGAAACGAGAGCUCCUUCUCCCAGUGCACACUUCAGGAAACCACGGAUAUAUGUCCUGCUGCCACCGUUGUCUGUAAACACAGUCGACCGAUUCGGCUGAUGAACGGGACCGGUCGGUGCUCCGGCCGAAUGGAAAUCUAUCACGACGGACAGUGGGGAACGAUUUGUGACGACAGAUGGGGGAUGCAGGAAGCAACUGUCGUAUGUCAAGAGCUGAACUGUGGGAGUGCCCUCUCGAUCAAGUACAAUGCCCACUUUGGCCGAGGUCACGGUCAGGUGUGGUUGGACGACGUUGAUUGCACCGGUCACGAGAAGUCCCUCUCCGACUGCCCACACAGAGGUUUUGGAGAACAUGACUGUGACCACAAUGAAGAUGCAAGUGUUAUAUGCUCAGAAUCUAUCAGAUUGAUCAAUGGGACUGGCCGCUGCUCUGGCAGAGUAGAGAUCUACCAUAAAGGCCAAUGGGGCAAAAUCUGUAACAACUGGAGCAAUAAAGAGGCUGCAAUGGUAUGUGAUGAACUCAAUUGUGGAUUACCAAAAAAAUCCCAAGAAGUCUACCAUUUUGGUGACAGCGGACUGAGAGGGUACACAAGUAGAUGCGCUGGCAAUGUGAGCUCCAUCGACCAAUGCACACUUCAACAAUACACAGGGAGAUGUGUUGGGGCUUCUCUUUCAUGUUCAGAUAUUCCACCGCUAAGGCUCGUCAACGGCACUGACCGAUGCUCUGGUAGAGUGGAGGUUCGGCAUGACAACCAGUGGGGAACAGUGUGUGAUGAUGAGUGGGACAUCAAAGAUGCUGAGGUGGUGUGCAGAUCCAUGGACUGUGGAACGGCUCAGUCAAGCAAAAACAGUGCAUUCUUUGGUCAAGGCCAAGGGGACAUCUGGCUGGACGAUGUAGAUUGCUUUGGUAAUGAGACGUCCCUUUUUCAUUGUCGCCAUCCCAGCCUCGGAGAAAAUAACUGUGGCCAUGGUGAAGAUGCUGGUGUGGUGUGCUCAGCUAACAUUAGACUAAUCAAUGGCACUGACCAGUGCUCAGGCAGGUUGGAGGUCUACCAUGGUCUACAGUGGUCAUCAGCAGCCAGUGUUGACUGGGGAAUGAAUGAAGCUGCAGUGGUGUGCAGAGAGAUGAACUGUGGAGAUCCCGUCACGUUAUCCGGAUCAUAUGGUGAAGGCGGAAAACCUACAUGGUAUAGGGUCAGUUGCAAAGGUAGAGAGAGCUCCCUCACACAGUGCUCACUGGCACCAUAUGACAGGACCAGCCAGGACCGCACACCAGAGGCAUCUGUCAAAUGUACAGGUAAUGUGAAGUUGUCCGGUGGGCUCAAUCGUUGCAUUGGAAGAGUGGAGUUCUUUGACAAAGGCCAGUGGCGCACCGUGUGUGCUGAAUCCUGGGAUGUGGAUGACGCAAAUGUGGCGUGCAGGCAGAUGGACUGCGGGAGUACUCAUGUGCUUACCACCGCUGCCCAGUAUGGCCACGGCACAGGACUGACCUGGGACAAUCAAAUUGAAUGCAGUGGAAUGGAGACAUCACUGAGUCAGUGCAAUCAGAGACCUUUUGAAAACAGAAGUUGCAACUCCACCGUAAUUGCUGGUGUCAUCUGCACGGGAGGUUUGGAAGUCCGCUUGGCAGGUGGUAAGGACGAGUGUGCUGGCAGAGUCGAGGUCCGUCACGGCGACGUGUGGCAGACGGUGUGUGACACGGACUGGACCAUGAGUAAAGCUCAGGUGGUGUGUGAUCAGCUGGAUUGCGGAAAGAUAGUGGGCGCUUCCGGCAGUGCCCACUUUGGCCAAGGCGUUGGAUCGGUGGUCGAGGCUAGUGAUUCAUGUUUUGACAACGCGACAUCUCUUCAGCAAUGCUCACUCAACGGUUUCAGAGAAGCCAGGUGUGGGCAUGACCAUGAUGCCGGGGCUCUCUGCGCAGCUCAGAUUCGGUUGGUCGGCGGCUCAAGUCAAUGCUCUGGUAGAGUGGAGGUCUACUAUAAAGGCCAGUGGGGAACUGUGUGCGAUGAUGAAUGGGAAAUGCCCAAUGCCGAUGUGGUAUGUCGACAGCUCGGCUGUGGUCAUGCAAUUACUGCUCCCAAAAGUGCCCACUUUGGCCGAGGCACUGGUCCAAUAUGGCUGGAUAAUGUGGAGUGUGUAGGCGACGAGGUCGCUCUCACACAUUGUAUGCAUCCCGGUUUUGGAGCAAAUAACUGCGGGCACGGUGAAGAUGCUGGCACUAUCUGUUUAGGUUCUCUCCAGAAGCCCCAAAUCACGUUGAGUCCUGCUCCAGAAGUAAACUGGGGGGAAAGAGUUGAGAUCACAUGCACUGUCGUAACAGAACAAUUGGGUGGGACCUUCACCCUGAAAAGAAGCCAAGACGCAUUUAAAAUGGAGAAAUACUCUGAGAACGAAGCUGCGACCUUCACCUUCCCCACAGUGGACUUCAGCCAAACGGGGUCAUUCUUCUGUGAAUAUCAAAAGAAAUUGCCCAAUCUAAUAAUCUUUUAUCCUCAAGGAAAUAUUGCAGAUCUCUCCAUCACAGUGAAACUGGAGAAGCCCAGCCUCUCCCUGACAUCUCCUCACGCGAUGGUGAUCUACAGCCCCGAGAAAAUAUCGGUCACCCAAGGCAGCAGCUUCUCCAUCACUUGCUCUAUUCAUUCCACAUAUCCCAGAGGUUCCUUUUAUCUGACAGAGUCUACAUUGAACACAACUAAAGCGAUGCCAGCGUUUGGCCACUCGAUCUUCUACUUGGCGUACUUUGAAUUCCCAGCGAUAGAUUAUGGAAGCCAAGGAGAGUAUUCCUGUGUCUACGGCAUUAACAUCUCCUCAAGGUCCUUCUCUUCUGUGCCCUCAAGGUCACUCCAAGUAACUGUCGUCGCAACAUCAUCCUCAGUCGCCUUAGGAGUGGUUGUGGGUGGUCUAGUGGCGCUGCUGCUUGUGCUGAUUAUCGUUUACCUAGUCUGGAGAAAGAGACGGUGGGGUGCUGGUUCCCUGGUUCAGUUUAGUAACAAGUUUGGAGGAGCAAUAAAGCGAGACACGGAAGACAUGAGCAACGGAGCACCUGAUGCAAGAGACCAAAAUAGCCAAGUGACCGAUCAAGCACACAGCCGUGGCCUGGAAGACCCCAAUGCUGACGACGACACCCCUGUUGAGGCUGUCCCUGAAGACCUGGCUGGGAGAGUGUGUUAUGAGCUUGAACCACUCUUUCUCUCGUGAUAACCGAAAGCUUCGAAGAAAAAAAUAACCCGUGUCAUGCGACUUCACUACAUUUAAAGAGAAACAUAGCACCUGGUUGAAAAACAGGUUUUCAAGUCUGUUGCAGCAGAAACCACAUGCAGCCAACAGUUCAUCAACACACUCUGGCGUUCACUUCUACACCACUGGAGGGGAACAUGUGAUGUUGAAUAACAUACAUGACGCUGGUUUAAAUGGGCAACACGUAUUUUCGUACAUAUUCCUGAAGGGAUUUUAGAUUUUCUGCAAAAUUCUGCCAAUCACAAAGCUAUACGGCCCACCGUCCUGUGGGGAGAUACUGAUUACAUUGUCUUUGUAUUGCGUCACUAUUUGCUUUUUUUUAAUGAAUGUGAUCUGAUCAAUACAUUUGUAUUUCUUACAA